AUGCCUGCGGAGAGCCCCAUGGUGACCUGCAAGGUGUGCCCUCUCCUGGUCAUUCCAAUCAGAUCUGACUCUCUUGGACUGCAAGCCAAGCUGGAGGCAGAGGCACGGAAAAGAGAAAAAUCCAAGUGGGAGGAGCAGCAGAGGGAGCACGAGGAGGAGAUGAGAGCGCGGUUCCGGCGGAGCGAGUCUAUAGAGAUGGCAGCUGAGGCAGCAGUGCUUGUGUCUCAGCGCUCCAUGAACCCGAGAGAAUUCUUCAGACAGCUCUCCUCCUCUUCCAGGACCCCCACCAGCCCAGGCUCCCCACACUCAGGAAAGCCGUUCCGACGGUACCAGCGCAGUCUCACCGACACUGCCUUCAUAUUCAACAAAUCUGACUCCCCCACCUCUCCCCGCAGCCCCACCCCGGCCUCGCCCCUCUUCCGCCCCACCAGCCCUUUCCGAGCCCACCCUCUGCGCCACACCAGUUCCCCAUCUCCCUCCAGCCCUGGCAGGGCCAAUCCGACCUUCAGUCCCAUCCAUUCCUCACCCCAGGCCCUCUCUCCCCCCGAUAGCCAGCCCCCGACACUCCCCAACUCUCCCUCUGCUCUCCAGACCAGCCCUCACCGCUCUGAGGCCUCCCCUUCCUCUGCCCCCUCUCCUCCUACAGGGGGAAUUGUCUCUGUGCCCAGUGCUGCUGCACCAGUACAGGAUUCCCGCUCCAGACGGAAUGGAUCCGACAUCACAGAACUGGACACAACCUCAAAAGUGGCGACAGACUGCAGAGGGGAAGAAGAGUUCAAGAUUGAGAGGAUCUACAAAGUGGAGAUCGCCUCCAAAGAGCAGGCAGAGCGACCAGCUGAGGUGUACCCAGAGGCAAGGCCCUCGCAAGUGCACACACACCCAGUCCUCACUACAGAAACAGAGCUGGGAGUGGAGUCCCAACCGAAACCCGGGAGAGACGCUGGAGUGGAGAACGCUCCCUCGGAGGCAGCGGAACUCGAACCAGAGCUGCCGACGUCCUCUGAAACAGCAGCAGAAACGGAGACAUGCCUUGUAUUGGAGACACAAAGUGAGGCCAUUCCGAGAACGGAGAAUGGAUUCAAGUGGGGCUGUGAAGCUCCGGCAGCCUGUGAAGCAGCCUCCAUAGAGGCAGAAACAAAGGUAGGGGAGCCCUUCGCUCCAGCAGAAGAUGUGCUGAGGAGCGAGGAGAAGGAGACGCACCCAGCAGAGCAGUCAGAGCAGGAGGCUGUUGCUGCUGGCAUUGUGGGCACCGUCUCUCCACUGCAGCUCAGUUCAACAGAAGAAGAUGUGCUGUGGAGCGAGGAGAAGGAGAUGCACCCAGCAGAGCAGACAGAGCGGGAGGCUGUUGCUGCUGGCAUUGUGGGCACCGUCUCUCCACUGCAGCUCAGUUCAACAGAAGAAGAUGUGCUGUGGAGCGAGGAGAAGGAGAUGCACCCAGCAGAGCAGACAGAGCGGGAGGCUGUUGCUGCUGGCAUUGUGGGCACCGUCUCUCCACUGCAGCUCAGUUCAACAGAUAAAGAUGGCAUGAUAGAAACAGAGGAAGAAGAAGCACAGAAGGAGCUGACAAGUGAGAUGAGUCUGGUAGAGGAGGACGAUGGAGAGACAGAGGAGGAGGAGGGAGAGAGAGAGUCAUCUGUAGAACACAAUGGCACAGCAGAACUGAACCACCAGAUGGAAGAGCACAGUCCCCAAAAUGCACCAAAGCAGGUCUCUGUGUCAGCUCAUUGCAGAGCAGUGCAUGCUGGGAUUGAAGUUGACCACACAACCAAAGAGCAGGAAGAGAGGAGUGAGAGGGUGAAUGGAAAGGAACAUUCCAAGGAGCCAGAGAGAGAGAUGUCUGUGCGGGCACUGUAUCACUAUCAGGCUGAAGAUGACUCUGAGCUGUCAUUUGAACCUGGUGACAUCAUCAGUGCUGUGGAGAUGGUGGACCAGGGGUGGUGGCGUGGCUGCAGCGAAGACGGCCAGCAGGGUCUCUUUCCAUCCAGCUAUGUGGAAACCCUGUAGAAAAGGACAGGGGAUUGGGGGAGGGGGUCACAUUUCAAAGCUGCCCAGACAAAAAGGGCUUCUAUUGAGCCUGUACACUGCCCCCUUGUGGAACUUGUGGUUAUUGCAGGUGGUACACAGAACACAGCUCUUUCUGAAGCCCUGUGCUGGUUGUUAGUGGUUUCAGUGGCUUACCAAUGUGUGUAAUUCAAUGUUUUUUUUUUUAAAUCUGCUUUGCUUAUAAAGUCUUAAAGCUAUCAUACGAUCAUUAUCAAUUGGAUACUAUCUUCACCUGAAAGCAGACAUUGUUGACUGUUUUUUUUCUCAGCAUUCUCCUUAUAUAGUUGUAUUUGUGCAGGACACAGCCCUCUUUCCCACUUUAACCCUAGCUUGCCCCUAAGUCUCUCUCUGAUCACCAGACUUUCUGCUGCUGCUACUUGCAGAAGCAGGAGGUUAUUAGGAGUUCCCUCUGCAAGCACUGCUAUAGCUUUGGAACUCAAAGUGAAUUUAUACAGUGAAUUAUGUAAUUUUGUUUUCGUCUAUUAUGUGUUGGUACAGUUGAGAGGAAAAGUGAAUGCCAGCAUUCCUAGCAGUAGAAAAGCUAUUACAGUUAAUUACCCCUCACAUUCUAAGGAUGUGCUGUUGUUGCGUGCAAGCUUUUAAUUAAAAGUAAUAACAGCUUAUCUUUCAAGGCAUGUCAUUUUUGCGCCAGAGUGUAGUUUUAGUAGUAAACCUUGCUUUUAACAAUUUUAAGUAAACAGCAGACUAGAACUGUUUGAAUUCAAUGUUUUUGUUUUCGAUUUCUGCUUUUUCCAUUGCAGGUAUUAUAUGAUGGACCUGUCAUUACUUACUAAGUGCUCACAGAAAAUAUAAAAAAAGUGGGGAGUGCACCGGCUAGUGCUGAGGUUAUAUAUUGAACUUUUUUGAUUUUUUUUUUGUAUGCAUCCUCAAUUUAAGCACAUUUUUUAUCUUUUUAAGUUUGCUUUUAAUAUUAACUCUGUGUCUUUCACAGGUUUGCUGCAAAGCGUUAUUUGAUUUUUUAUUUUAAGUAUGUAUGUAUGUACUGCACUGAACUCAUUCCAAUUGCAUGAUCUAACUGUGUUUCUAUGUAUUCUGUGAUGAAUUAAGAGUUUGGAAAUGUAGGGUGGACUGCAAUGGAGACUGGGGUCCUCUGUUCUUCCAUUUAGCUGGCAACCCCCACCCCCUACAGGUACCCUUAACUCUGCCAGGGAGAAACCCUUGGAAAGAGUGGGAGUGUAAUCCAGUCUCCAGGCCCUGUCCUUGGCCUUUCUUUGAAACUGUCAGCCAAAGUGCCCAUGGGUUACCAGUUUGUGACAGUGGAUUUCUGAUGAGGACACCAGACCAGGAGCUUGUGUCGCAAUCUGAAUCUACCCCCAGGGGCUGAUUUGGGCCAGAUCGCACCAGAGGCAGUUUGCAAACGAUGAAUUGUAGGGGGAAGAAAAUGCUUCUCUGUUUCAUGAAUUAAAUGAAAAAGUUUACUUUAACAAUAUAUUUUAAGAUGCACCAUCUAGGAGGAAGAAAAAUACUAGCUUUUUUACACCCGAAUGGCAUACCCCCCAGAAAGUAGCGCUCUUAACAACAGCACUGUCGUGACUUCUGCUCCUCAGAUUAGUUGCUCCGCUGCUGGUAUUGUUCAAGCCUGAAGAUGAUGUUAAAAUAUGGCAGGCAAAGAUGAGCAUGCAGCUCCCAACACCAGCAGUAAGGCAUGAAACCCACAAGCAGAUGAGAACUUGAAGCAUAUAUGGAAGCUGCUAUAAAUCAAGGUCACGUUAGGUCUACAAACAAAUAAGCCAUCCCGCUUCCUUAAUCAGAAGAUCCCGUGCCCUUUUGUGUCUGGAAUUUAAAGGGUUAACAGCUACUGCUUAUAAAAACUAUAUGAACAUCAUUUAGAUAUUUUAUUUAACAUCAUGUUUUCAAAGAAACUACAAAAUGUUAUUGCAAAAGUCUACCGGAAGCCAUAAUAGUAGUACAGUAUUUCAUGUUACAUUUCAAAAUGUCACAUUUUAUAAUUUUUGUCCAUUUUUCAUUAAGUAUAUGGAAAACUACAAAGCGGUAUUCAGCAGGUUUCAUUCGAAUUUAUGAAGCAAAAUGAGUUAAUUCUAUUAGAUAACACUAUUGCUACUGUUGUUUAUAAAAAGAAUGUUCACUGUAAAUGUUUUUAUUAUUAAUGUAAUAUAUUCUUUCUCUUUGUUUUAUUCUGGUUUUCCUCGUUGUCACGUCUGUCCACGCAUGGUUGCUGUUGCUCUCUGAUCACAUCGACAACAGUAUUGUCUUAGGAAUUGCAUGUUUUUGUAAGAAACUGUACAACCAUUUCAUAGCUAUUGAACUUGCUUGCAAGGGGGCUUCUUUCUACAUGGAGCUAAUUGCAACGGAAAUAAAUAUAUUUUCAAGCUAA